UCUCACCUUGGGUGGUUUAGAUUCUCUCAGUAGUUACCACAGCUAGGUCCGGCAAGCAGACUGUCAGUGUAUCCAGCCAGCCUUGAGUACUGCAAUUUGUCUGGAACAACAGGUCUUAGUUGAGAUUCUUCAGGGGAAGAUCAGACCUGUGAGAUAUAGAAGAAGAAUCGCCUUGAGUGGAACUUGAGUGGCCUCUGACAGCAGGCUUCAUCAAAGGGUGUGUAAACCCCUCACCCAAGAGCACAAGAUGGGAAACUCAAAAAGUAGCGCCAUGUCAAAGGAGAUCCUGGAGGAUCUGAAGCUGAACACCAAAUUCUCAGAGAAUGAGUUGGCCCAGUGGUAUGAGAACUUCCAGAAGACGUGCCCCACGGGACGCAUCAGCCCUGCGGAAUUUGAAAGCAUCUAUGCAAAGUUUUUCCCUGACAGUGAUGCAAAGACAUACGCUCAACAUGUCUUCCGCUCCUUUGACACCAAUGAUGAUGGGACACUGGAUUUCAAGGAGUACAUCAUUGCCCUACACAUGACCUCCAGCGGGAAGACACAGCGAAAACUAGAGUGGGCUUUCUCGCUCUUCGAUGUAGACAAGAAUGGCUACAUCACCAAGGCAGAAGUAGGAGAGAUCUGCCAAGCCAUCUUCAAACUGAUCCCUACAGAGGAGCAGGAAAAGCUCCCAGCAGAUGAGAACAACCCAGAAAAGAGAGCCGAAAAGCUGUGGUCAUUUUUCGACAAGAAGGACAAUGAACGCCUUGCUGAGGGUGAAUUUAUCCAAGGGGUGCUGGAGAAUGAAAAUGCGCUACGUCUCAUUAUGUACGAACCCAUGAAAUAAACAUCACAUUUUAUUUCUCCCUUUAUGCAGUGUACUCUUUACCCAAUGUUCCCUCUGUGGUUCAGGCAUGCCAUCACUUCCUCCAUUUUGCGUGUGUCCUCUCCUCCCUUUCUCUAAACUCCCUUUCUUGUUCCUUUGUUUCCCUGUGGCCGCCAGUCUCUUGUAUUUGUACUGUAGCAAAACUAUGUAAUGCGAGAAAAGUGUUUGAGUGGGGUCAUCUUGAUGUCUUCAUUUGAAGAAGUGUCCCUGGUAAUGACGGGAGUGCAUAUUAGCAUUCAUCAUAGUUAUGAAUGUACACAUGAGCCAAACCAUAGAGAGUAGCAGCUUUUUACAGAAGUGCUGGUGUCGUGGACAAAAUAUUCACAAAGCAUAGGUAUGAAUUAUAUGCUAAGUUGUAUUGUUCCACUAUAAUGAUGACUGAAAGACGUGUGUAGGUCAGAAUGCUCUCUACUCUUUUGGGACAGUAAACCACCAGCAACCUGGAGCUGCCAGACUCACUUUACACUACAAGAAAUUAUUAUAUACAGUUAAAAACCAUGUCAUGUGUGGGACAGUAAUACUAGGCUUGUAAAUUAUAAUUACAAAGGAAAUGUUAAGCUAUAAUGUUAAAUGAAAUGUGAAUGUUAAAUUGCAGUACCAUUUCAUUCAAAUUAAAGUAACAAAUCUUGGAUUUGGUGAUUAGGUCCUCUCGUGAUAUUAUAUAUCAAUGCAAACCCAUACAAGCCUUCUGUUCUGCUAUUUAUUACAAAAGGUCAGACUGCUACUAAAAGACUGAUACCUCCAGAAAAUGAUUCCAGAUGUCAUGGGGUCAGUCAUUAGAAUGAUGAGAUGUGUGCUAAGGCUGUGGCGUUUUUAUUUUUCCAGAAUAUUUGUUUUUAAUUUAGCUAUAAUAAAGAUUUCUGAAAAACUGUCA